AUGGCUAAAUUGGACGAUUUUCUUGUAAAGAAAAAAGAAACAGCGCCUAUUCUAGAUCUUUCGAAAACAUUGGCUAACUCCAAAGAAGAGCUGCGCCGUUUACUAGAAAAGGUUCCAGAUUUUAAAAUUAAACCAGAAAAGGUUCCACCGGAAACCAUUAAAAUAAAGGAGAAGAAGUUCACAUUCAAAUCGAACAAAAUUGGGAAAGGGAAGAAAGGGAAGUAUCCCUUUUUGGAUCCCGUACCACCGGAAAUGAAAAAUUUGAAAAUAGAAGAUUUAAUAUCGGUUCCUAUCGAUUGGAAAAUGUUGACCAAUCUUAGACCUAAAAAUAAGGGAGAAGAGAAUUAUUUUUCAAGAAUGAUUGAACUUGGAAAAUUACAAAACAAAAGUAAACUUCAAGAAAAGAAACAAUUUCAAAUAGAUACACAGAUUAAGAAAACAAAAAAUAAAUCUGGAGUUGUUGAAAUGAGAGUGAUAUCAUGUACUGAAUGUGGAGAAGAGUUCUGCAAUGGUAAAACCUGCUGCAAAUACGGAUACGAAUCUUUUGCCAGAUUACCAGAAACGUUAAAAACAGAUAAAAUAGUGCCUUCUAGUUCAGGCGCUAUACCGAAGAGAAAAAUCAAAAGACGGUCAAGAUCGAAAAGUAAAUUAAAAAAAGGAAAUACCGCAGCAAAGUCUAAGUCUCCAAAAAAACGGUCAAAAUCAAGAAAAAAUCAUUUAUAA